AUGGACCCCUUUCGCGUACGCCUCAACUGCAUAGAUCAUUAUCAAGCGACCGCGUCGGACCUAGAUCCCCCAUUGCCCUUACGAGAUGGCGCGUCCGCAAAGGAUUGGCGGCCUAAAGUGCCGGUAAUUCGUGUUUUUGGGGCAACUGAAUCUGGGCAGAGGGUCUGCGUGCAUGUCCAUGGAGUAUUUCCUUAUCUCUACAUCGAGUACAACGGUUCCUUGGACCCCCAAGCUGUGAACUCGGCCACUCAGAAUCUUCAUCUCUCUAUUGAUCACGCACUGGCCGUUAGCUAUCGUCGCAAUGCCUAUGAUAGGAAGACUGCAUAUGUUGCACAUAUAACCUUGGUCAAAGGGAUACCGUUCUACGGCUAUCAUGUCGGCUAUCGGUUCUUCUUCAAGAUCUAUCUCCUGAAUCCCUUCUACAUUACCCGCUUGGCCGACCUUUUACAUCAGGGCGCAGUAAUGAAACGGCCCUUGCAACCGUAUGAAAGUCAUAUGCAGUACAUCCCACAAUGGAUGUGCGACUACAAUCUUUAUGGGUGCUCAUUCAUGGACUGCCGACGUGUGAGGUUUCGGGCGCCGGUGCCAGACUACUUGGAAUUGAGUAAUCCCGAACAUGGUUGGCAUGAUCGUUCUAUCGAUCCCAAAGAUAUCUCGGAAGAUCCUGCUCUGGGAAAGCAGAAUAGACGUUUUGUGGCUGGGUUAUGGCAGGACGAGACCAAGAGACGCAAAAAGCGGAUGGGCAUAAAUGAUCCUGGGAGCAGCCCCUUCGGCCCCGAAGAACUGGUCUCGAUGUCUGCAGAUCCUCGAAACGAGGCUCGCGGUGGUUGGAUCCACGAGGAUGAGUUUCAUCAGUUGGCACUUCAAAUUGCCGCUAAUGAGAGGCUUGCCGAUGGGAACAAGGACACCUCCUUUCAAACGUUCCUUAAUCCGAGCCCAUAUGAAGCAAGCAUCAAAACAGCCCUCGAUAGUGUAGUGGACUUCUUCCCGGAAGAGAUGGAACAUUCAAUCCAGGAGAAUCAACAUGCCGACUUGGACAACCCGCCGGAAGUAUCCGUGGAUGAAGACCUUGCUUUGUCUUCUCAACCAGAGGCCCAUGUCUUUACUGACAAUGACACUCAUGGCCCGAGCUCGGAGGAAGCCACGAAAGAGCUGAGGCAUAUGGAAAGUGUUACGGUAGAUGAAAGUUUUUACGACGGUAUUUUUGACGACAUAACAUACCAAGAUGAAGCAUUAAAUGCAAACAAAACUGCUUCAAACGAGGCUCACAUGCCGCUGAAUGGAUAUGAUGGCAAGAAUCCAUCAGUUUCAGUGGACCAGUCCGCCCAGCUCCAACCAGGAUUGGAGAAGGAUGGCCACUUAAACGAGAAUCAGAAGAAACAUCUGAGCAAUCUCCAGCUGUUCCGAAGAAGCCGAGGUUUUGGAGACACUUAUGAUCCAGCGAAAUAUGAAGUGUCGAAAGCUUCACUUCCCAAGAAGAGCCAAGGCCGCCCAAAAGAAACAAUGGACAAACAAGACACACCUAAUUAUGACCCUCAUCAUUUUGAGCCUCCCUCAUCUGAAUCGCGAUCGUCUUCGUCACAGAAAACGGUUCGUGGAAAGUUGCCUAACAGCAGGCUAAACUUCCCCGUGGUUAAGGAUCCACAUGAUCCGUUGACCAUUCUGCGAUUCAGUCAAGAUAGCUCUCAGCGUUCUCAUAAAGAGCCAGGAUUGCACCAGCCCGUGCAAAGUUCACACCCACCAGGCUCUACUACCAGUGGAUCUGGGGAUGGAGCUAUGCCUUCUUCCUUGUCUCUCCGUUCCUCUUCCACCGCCACCGCAGCUCCUGCCCUUGACAUGCAUGUAACAAAAAUAAAACAGAAGUUAUCAUCUUCAUUUGGCUUCUCGGAGGGCAGCUCUUUGUACAUUUUUAAAUGUUGCGCUCCUGGGACUGCCGAAGUCAUGACCACUAUGCAUGAUUAUGGCCGUCCUGCUGUUGUGUACCAACAAGCAUACUACAGCGAAGAAUCCGACGUCCCUGACCGACCGCGCGAAUAUGCCGGGCGCGAAUUUAGGCUUGAAAGUGAUACCAUCCACUAUCUCCCUCCCUUCGACACAUCGGCAAACUUGCCUGCCAUGUAUGGCGAACAGUAUCCAACCGGGUUCGAUCGAGUACGUCAGGAGAAACUGGACAAAGAGAUGCGAGAGUCAUGCUCUAUAAGGCACUGGGAAUUUGCGGCUGUCCCACCAAGUCGAUCCGAAGUCAGAGAAUGGUUUGAGAACCUGAAGGCGGCCCAAGAAUCAGUUCCACGGAAGAACCCACCCAAGACGCAACUGCAGCAGGAAGCCAUGUCACAGAUUGAAGGACCGACCCAAAAUCCGCAUGGUUUCAAGUAUUCGCAGAAAGCCAAAACGACUAGUGUUGAGCACCAAACUCAGUACAUGAGCACGAUGAGUAUCGAAGUACACGUCAAUACCAGAGGCAAUCUGUCAGCAAACCCUGCAGAAGAUGAAAUCACUUGUGUCUUCUGGUGCAUCCAGUCAGAAGACGAAGAUCUCGAUGUCAACAGCCACCUCCCUGGCGUUCAUGUUGGGAUGCUUUACCACGGUGAAGGUGAGAGACCCGAAGACAAAGUCUCAAAAUCUCUGAAGAUCGACACCGAACAUGAACCUACCGAACUCGACUUGAUCAAUCGCUUGGUUGAUAUUGUAAGAUACCACGAUCCCGACAUCAUCACCGGUUAUGAAGUGCAUAACGGCUCAUGGGGCUAUGUGAUCGAACGAGCUCGAAAGAAAUACGACUUCGACAUCAGCAACGAGGUCUCUCGAGUCAAAGCGCAGUCGCAUGGCAAAUUUGGCAGAGAUGAAGACCGUUGGGGCUCUGACCAUACCUCCUCUAUUCAGAUCACUGGGCGACACAUGAUCAACAUAUGGCGUGCAAUGCAAAGCGAGCUGAAUUUGCUUCAAUAUACGAUGGAAAACGUGGUCUUCCAUCUCCUACAUCGGCGCAUUCCGCACUAUUCACACAAGGACUUGACCAAAUGGCACAAAAGUGGGACGCCUCGCAACUUGCACCGACUCAUUGAAUACUAUUCAUCGCGGGUGCAAAUGAACUUGGAAAUCAUCGAGGCCAAUGAGUUGAUUCCGAGGACAAGCGAGCAAGCUAGGCUGCUUGGAAUCGACUUCGCGGCCGUUUACUACCGUGGUUCUCAAUUCAAGGUCGAGUCUCUCAUGUUCAGAAUCGCAAAGCCAGAGAACUUUCUGCUUGUGUCGCCUAGUAGAAGGCAGGUUGGCCAGCAGAAUGCUCUUGAAUGUCUUCCGCUCGUCAUGGAACCGCAGAGUGACUUCUAUACAAGCCCUCUUAUCGUGCUUGAUUUCCAAUCCCUUUACCCGAGUGUCAUGAUUGCGUAUAACUAUUGCUACUCGACCUUCUUGGGGAGAGCUGCGGGGUGGCGCGGACGGGACAAAAUGGGCUUUAUGGAAUAUGAACGUCAGCCACGGUUAUUAGAGUUGUUGAAAGACAAGAUUAACAUCGCGCCCAAUGGGAUGAUGUACGCAAAGCAAGAAGUACGACAGUCAUUACUGGCCAAGAUGCUUACGGAAAUACUGGAGACACGAGUGAUGGUUAAAGCCGGUAUGAAGGCCGAUAAAGAUGACAAGAUCCUUCAACGCCUUCUGAACAACCGUCAGUUGGCGCUCAAGCUGAUAGCCAAUGUGACAUACGGAUACACAUCGGCAUCAUUCUCUGGUCGAAUGCCCUGCUCCGAAAUCGCCGACAGCAUUGUGCAAUCUGGUCGUGAAACACUAGAAAAGGCCAUUGCCCUAAUCCAUUCGAUAGACAGAUGGGGUGCAGAAGUGGUCUAUGGCGACACAGAUAGUUUAUUCGUCUACUUGAAAGGACGAACCCGCGAUCAAGCGUUCGACAUUGGAGAAGAAAUCGCCCAGGCAGUGACAGAAAUGAAUCCGCGGCCGGUGAAGCUCAAGUUCGAGAAAGUCUACCAUCCCUGCGUAUUACUCGCAAAGAAACGCUACGUCGGCUUCAAAUACGAGCAUCGCAGCCAAAAAGAACCAGUAUUCGACGCCAAGGGCAUUGAGACCGUCCGCCGCGAUGGCACCCCCGCUGAACAAAAGAUCGAAGAAAAGGCCCUCAAACUUCUCUUCCGCACUGCAGAUCUUAGUCAAGUGAAAUCAUAUUUCCAGCGCCAAUGCAACAAAAUCAUGCAAGGUCGCGUCUCCAUUCAAGAUUUCUGCUUUGCACGUGAAGUGCGUCUCGGUACUUAUAGCGACCGCGGGACUAUGCCUGCCGGUGCCAUGAUCAGCACAAAGCGCAUGCUUGACGACCCGCGUCUGGAACCGCAAUACGGCGAACGCGUGCCGUAUGAGCGCCGGGGUCUCAGGCUAGUUGACCGGUGCGUUGCGCCGGACGUACUUUUGCAAGAUGCACAGCUAGAGUUGGACGCUGAGUAUUACAUCACGAAGAACAUUAUCCCCCCGCUGGAACGAAUCUUCAAUCUCGUGGGUGCGAACGUGCGCCAAUGGUACGAUGAAAUGCCCAAGGUGCGGCGGAUUCGACAAGUGAACACCUCGUCUACGGCUCGUACGGGUCAGCCAGGUCUUAUGAAGAAAACCUUGGAGUCUUACAUGCGGUCCUCUUCAUGUGUCAUCUGCAGAGAAAAAUUGUCCGAUGCCACUGCUACAGUUUGUAAAAAGUGUCUGGCGCAUCCGCAUCUAUCACUCCUGGAUGUCGUCUCACGAUUGCAAAGGGCAGAGAAGCGAGUCGUUGAUCUACACGCUGUAUGUCGCUCUUGUACGGGUGCUUCGGCGAGAGAUGAGGUGAGUUGUGACAGCAUGGACUGUCCAGUCUUCUAUUCUCGUACGCGCGACAUGGCUAGUCUGCGCCAUUUGAAGGAUAGCUUGGAGCCUGUUAUUGAGUUAUUGGAACAUAAAGGGGAUGAAGGACUUGAUUGGUGA